UGCAGGUCGUGCAAUCUCCUUGAAAUCAAAAAUGUUCAUUGUUUACAUUUAAUGAAUAAAAAAACAUAUUUCGAGUUUAAUCGACCAGUUGCGUGUGAUUGGAGUGGAUUAUAACACAAAAUUAUGUGGUGUUGGGCAAGUGGAUUAUAGUUAGUGAUAAUAACUUGGAAACUUGUAUAGUUGUUAUUCAAGUUACACUGCUGUGAAAUGGAUUAAAUAAGUUGCCGAGAGCACGUUUUGAACCAAAUGUCUUCGGCUGCGGUCAGUACACAUUCGGGGGCUGGUCCCCUUGGUUUGAUGUCAUGUGUACGAGAGUCUUCGCCUCUCCAAGAUUUCGAUUCAGACACCGAAAAGAGUGUGGCCACCAAGAAGAAGUUCUGGAACCGCCUGAAAUGGUUCAAGCGGAAGAACAAGGUGAUAGAGGACAGCGUCCUGCCCGUCUCGGAUUACAUAGCGACGUCGGAAUCCCUACGUAGCAGGUCUACGAGCGAGCUCUCGAUCGAGGAACCGCCGAGGAAAAGAAAUGGCAGCUCUAUGUACCCAGGAUUGAGUGUGUCACAUGACAGCGUUUUUCACUCGCCACAGUCGGGAUCAGAAACGGACCUCGACGUUGGACACAGUUCUUCUUCGCUGUGUAUUCCUACCCAGCCUCAUGCCGCAGAACUACAGACCGAACUCAGCGAGAGGUUGAGACUGAGGCGCAGUGGAGGAGGAAGAGGGGAUACCAGCGAAGAUGACGAAGGAUUCCCCCAUAGCCUAUGCAAUUCCCCCACCACGACUGAUAAUAUUGACAAGACUGCCCUUAAGGAUCUCCCAAAUAAAUCGCAUAGUACUUGUAGUGACGGUUCCCUCCUGAGUGUUGGAAGUUCAGACAUAGAAGAGGAUUUAUUGAUUAGUCAGAUAAGGCAUAGCUCUAAAUCAACUUUAUCGGAAAACAAACAUGACUUUGACCUCAACACAACGUCCAUACCACUUAACCACAGCGCGGCACACCACAGAGUUUCGGUCAAACCCAAGAAAACUCACGGGGUGCCAAGAAGAAGAAGAGGAGUUCAACAGCAGUUACCCAACACACUGCCAACCACCAUAGAAGUCAACGAAGAUUCUUCCAUAAGGAGCUCGUCUCCUGAAGCUAUCGUUAAAGACAACGCUAUAGAGCUUUGUAACACGUCAGGAAAUCAUCCGGUCGCAUUAACCGAAACCCAACUAAAAAGUUCUUCUCUUCCUCUCGGUCUAGUUCCGCCCGGCUCGGACGGCAGGCUGAACAGGAGCAGGUCGAACGCGGGCAGCAAGUCGCAGGACGCCCUCGAGGAGAGGGAGGAGAAGGAGGAGAAAUGCGACAGGUCCUUCUUCGAGAGGCUGUUCCCGCGACGGAGCGCCAAGAAGAAAAAGGCCAAGACGGACGAGAAGAAGCAGGAAGAAAAGAAGAUCAAACUGGAGGAAUCUUCGACCAAACACGACGAUAAGAAACAGGAAGAAAGGAGGAAGAGUGAGGACGUCAAGGGUCCCGAAGUGUUCAGACCGAUCGGGGAUAAAUUCAGUUCGAUGGAGGACAGUUUCACCCCUUCCAGUUACUCCAAACAAGCGUCGGAAGGCUCUAAUCGUAGGUACGAAGCUAAGCCACGUUCGGGGCCCACUUACCGUCAAAGGGUGAUCCCGGUGGACGUCCCCGACUCUCCAGGGGCUCCCAGGAAAGACGAUGCGACCAAAAGCCUCCUUCCGGACAUCCUGUCCACUUCCCCCCUUCACCUGGAGCUGGAGAACAAACUAAAACAAAGACUGACCCUUUCUAGUCCGCCUCAGAGUUUCGAUCUUAACGCGGAGCUCAAAGACGAGGAGAUCAACGCUUCCAAACCGCCGAGGUUCGUCGAGAGCAAACACGAGGAGUCCAGGUACAAGAUCAAACUGGCCGGGUUGUCCUCCCUCCAGCAGAAGGUGCUGAUACUGAACGAGGACGAAGGGGAUUUUCACAAUUUUAAGUCGCUGACCGAAUUCCCCACCACGUCGCAGGCUUCGAGCGUGCUGUUGACCAAGAGUCACAGUUUCAAGAGCGCCAAAUCCACGACCACGUCGCAAUCUACCACCAAGACCGUGUUCGGUGGGGAAACCAAGGAGAUUUCCAUCGGGAAAUCUUCCUCUCUCGAUAGCAUGAAGUUGCUGGAUGGGACCGAGCAGGUUCGGAGGACGGAAAGGAUGGAACACCAAAGACAGAUCAGACAGCAGACGGUGGAGAUCAAAUGUGACGUGACUGUCAACGAGGGGGACAACCUGGACGAGGAGAUAACCAGGCAGAUGAUGGAAACCAAGAGUAUCUGCGAUAAUUACCGCGAUAAAAGCCACAUAACGAUCUCCGGGCCAAGUCACACGGCUGUGGUAAACGUGAAGAACGAUUCGGAGUAUUUCAGUUUGAUAGCCACGGAAGAGACCAAAGUCGACACGGUGGAAAAGGUCCAGAGUCCGAAAGAACACCUCGUGUCCAUAACCAAGAUAAACGUGCAACCGGAGACCGAGCAGUUAUCGCCCAAGUCUCCCCCGGUGAUCCUGGAGAGUAAAUCCAUACUCUCGUCCAAGAGUCCCAAGUGGCUGUCGGACCAAGCCCGAUCCAGACCGGUGUUCAACUUCGAAACGGACAAUAAGCGGAAAUUCAGCCAGGACAACGUGGAGAUUGUGGACAAAGAGGCGGAAUCCCCGAAGACUCCUCCCCACAUGUUCAAGAAGAACGAGAAAACGGCGAAGAAGACCUCCGUGGUCUCCUUGGCGACCCCGGACUCCCCGACCAGGGACAAAUCGAUCAACUCCCUCAAGUCCUCCAGCUGCGAUUCCCUCGCCAGCGACCAUUUCGACAGCACCGACAGGUCGUCGCAGGACAGCCUGGACCACUUGGCCGACAAGAAGGCGGACGGCGUGGUGUUGAGGAAGAAGGCGUCCCUGAAGGACGCGAGGGAGGACGAGCCGGAGCUGAUGAAGGUGUUCGCGAGGAGAUCGCUGAAACUGAAGGACCCGGAGAACGAGAGUCUGAGCCAGCAACUAUCUGUGAUGAUGAAAGAGAGCUGUGAUAGGACGCGCGACAGCGACAAGGAGAACCAGACGGAGUCCCCGGUGAAGGAACGGAAGAGGUCGAAGGAUAACUUCGCGAAGUUGACGGAAGACGAGCCUCAGUCGGGGAAGAAACGGGCGAACAGCAAAUCGGACGAUGAGGACACGAAGAAACCACUGAUCUUCGAGCUGGAGAAGAAGGAUAAGGAACCGCUGAUCGAGUCGAACGUACCGCACUCCAAGCCUAUCCCGAUCAGGAGAAAUUCCAGAUCCGAGAAUCAUUCCUUGGAGAACGUCGAGGUGACCCUCAGGAAACCGGCGGAGCAGAAUCCGUACGUGCGUUGCGUCAGCGUGAAUUCCGCCAAGAACAUCGACAAUUCCCAGAACAUACUGAGGAAACAGUUCGUCAGCAGACGAAGGACCGAUAACUGGAUCACAAACAUCAAAAACGAAGACGCCGACAAAGAAGCGAAAGACGUCGAUGCUCCCAAAGACCAAACGGGCACAGAGCUGAUCAUAGAACCUAAAAACUUCAACCAGAGAAAGGCGGAAUGGGAGAAGAGGGCCCAGGAGGCACAGAAGAAAUCCCCUUGAGGUUAUGCGUCCGAAUAAUGAGACAAACGUCAGUGAUAUUCACAUCAUCUCGCCCGUUUUAAUAAUGUGAAACGUAAGUGUUGUUUCAGAUUGGUUAUUUAUUCUGUCGUUAUUUAAUUUUCGUCCAUUUUCUUAACUGU